AUGAGGGCCUUCGCAUUAGUGAUACCCUUAAUACUGUCCAUUGCCGGCUUCGUGCUGGCGAUGCUAUCCCUGUUCGCGGGUUCCAAAACGGGCCAGCUGGAAGACUUCCAUAUCAUCGCCAUCAACAUGUCAAACUUUGGCCACGAUCUGGUACCAACGGCAACGACGGGUGGCUCCGACCCAACUUCCACGGGCAGCGGCAUCGGAGGCUUCUUUAGCAGUGUGGUGGCGACAAUCGCGUCAGAGAUCAGCGACGAGCUCGACGACAUUGCCGACGACAUUGCUGAUGAGCUCUCUGAGAAACUUGGCAUCUCACAAUGGUAUUCACUCCACGUCAUGACUGCGUGUGAGGGACAGUUCGCACCAAACGCUACGACCCCAGGUGCCUGGUAUAACACGACCAAUUGUACUGCACAACAGGCCGGCUUUCAGUUCAACCUGACGGAGAUAUUGGAUCGCCAGAUUGAGGUCGGCCCUCUGAAGCUAAACCCAGCCGACCUGCCUGUGCCGGACGAGAUCAACGAUGCGAUCAAUUAUCUCAACAGCUUCUUGCUCGCGAUGUUCGUGUUCUUCUGCCUGGGAGCUGGAUUUGCUGGCCUGUCCUUCUUGGCAACUAUUGCAGCGGUAUCACUGGGCACCUUCAAAGGCAACCCACCUCGAUUCACACAUCUCGGCAACGCUAUCUUAUCAGGUCUUGCUGCUCUAGCCCUGAUGAUCGGGGCAGCGAUCACAACGGGAGUAGCAAAGAAGGGUGAGAAGGAGAUCAACGACAAGGGCGGCGAUGUGGGGAUUUCUGCAAAUGCUGGCACGAAGUUCAUAAUCAUCACCUGGGUAUCAUUUGCAGCCAUGUUUGUUGCAUGCGUCUUCUGGUGUUUCGCGGGCAUUGCAGGCCGUCGCAGCAAGAGCCGCGUGAGGACCUCCAAAGUCGAGGAGGGUCGUCACAGCUAUGAAACAUCGAGCUCUUCUCGCUUCAGAUUCGGACGACGAAGAUAG